AGAAUUGGUGGUGGUGGAGGGGGUGCACAAACCAUAUCCUACUCUUGGUGGCACAGUCUCGCAAGAAGGUGGGAUCGAGUCAGACUGUCUGGAUGGAGAAACAAGGAGGAGUAGCAGCUCAGGGAGAUCUAGACAAAAGUGGACGGACUCCAGAGAAAACAAUAGUGUGCCGGCAUUCAGCUCCUACAGAAUCACAUUUUGCCCUUGUGGAUGCAGAGGAUGGAAUCCCAAUCUCCACAUCAGGACUGCUCCAAGUGGCGGAGAGGAGGCAGCCUCUCAGCAGCGUCUCAUCCCUGGAGGUACACUUUGAUCUAAUGGAUCUGACAGAGCUCACAGACAUGUCGGACCAGGAACUAGCUGAGGUGUUUGCUGACUCGGAUGAAGAGAACCCACCACAUGACUCACCUCCAGAUCUAAACCAGCCACUGACGCAUCUGACUAUUCCUCGUGGAGCACAUUUAAAAUCUCCCUCAUGGACGAGAGCCAAGGGCGAACUGGGACGUGAAAAGAAACACUUAAGUGAGCCUGACACUGUCUUAGAGAUGCCAGACCAUUUUCACACAGUUGAAAGACUCACAAAACCUUAGGAAAGAAAAACAGAGUGUGCAGCUUGCCUCAGUAAGGAAGCAAAGCUAAAAUGGUGCAAUAGUACUGCUCUACCUUUCAUUCAUAUCUCUCUGACCCAUUCUCAAUUUAUUUGGUUCGUAAUUAAACCGAAAAGAACAUUCGUCUGUUGCAUUCA